UUGAAAUCUGGUUUAAUAGAGGCGUUGAGAUACGAAUGCUUAUAUCUCUCUUCCCUUUCUCUCUCAAGGCUUUCUUUGUCCCUUAUCGGCUUCACGUUCUCACUUUCUCGCCCCACAGAUUUUCUUUCCAAACAACCCUUUGAUAGAGAAACCCCAAGAAAAUCCGAGAAAAUUCACUCUUAUCCUCUUUGUCUUCAAUUCUCUUCAAUUAUCCCGAUUGAAACAGAGAAAACUCUUUCAGAAGCUGGAGAUCACCUUCGUUUCGACGCAGUUGGAUCCGGUUCACUGACACAGCAAAAUCCGGUUUUGAAAGAAACGCUAGGUUUUGUUUUAGGGUUUGGUAUUUUGGGGAAAAAGGAAAAAACGGUGGCGUUUUGUUGGGGAGGUGCUGCCUCAUGCGAUUUGAUGCCGCCAGAACCUUUGCCUUGGGAUCGGAAGGAUUUUUACAGGGAGAGGAAGCUCGAGAGGACGGAGUCGCAGCCACAGCUGGCGUCAACGGCUAGAUGGAGAGACUCGUCAUCUAUGUCGUCGUAUCAGCAUGGGUCCUUCAGAGAAUUCUCUCGUUGGGGAUCCGCUGAUAUCCGUCGUCCUCCUCCAGGUCAUGGUAAGCAGGGCAAUUGGCACAUGUUUGCUGAAGAAAAUGGUAGUUAUGGAUAUGUGCCAAUGCGUUCUGGUGACAAGAUCUUGGAUGAUGAGAGCUUCCAUCAGUCAGUUUCUCGUGGAGAUGGGAAAUAUGGUAGAAACAGCAGUAGGGAAAGCAACAGAGGGUCAUAUAGCCAGAGAGAUUGGAGAGGUAAUUCUUGGGAAACGAGCAAUGGGUCCCAAAACACUCCUGGGAGGCCUCAUGAUGUGAAUAAUGAACGGAAGUCAGUGGAUGAUAUGCUAACGUACCCUUCUCAUACUCAUUCUGACUUUAUAAAUACAUGGGAUCAACUUCAAAAGGACCAGCAUGAUAAUAAGACAAAUGGUGUCAAUGGGUUAAGCACAGUACAAAGAUGUGAGAGAGAGAAUUCAGUAGGCUCCAUGGAUUGGAAGCCUCUUAAGUGGAGCCGCUCUGGAAGCUUGUCUUCUCGGGGUUCAGGCUUUAGCCAUUCUAGUAGCUCAAAGAGCUUAGGAGGUGUAGAUUCUGGUGAAGGGAAGCCCAAUUUACAACAAAAAAAUUUGACCCCAGUCCAGUCCCCUUCUGGGGAUGCAGCAGCCUGUGUCACAUCUGCUGUGCCUUUUGAUGAGACAACAUCAAGAAAGAAGCCACGCCUUAGAUGGGGUGAGGGUCUGGCAAAAUAUGAGAAAAAGAAAGUUGAAGGCCCUGAUACAAGCAUGAACAGAUUUGGGGCUACAAUUCCUGUUGGUAAUACAGAACCUAACAAUUCUCUGAGUUCUAACUUAGCUGAUAAGAGCCCUAGAGUUCUUGGAUUUUCUGAUUGUGCUUCUCCUGCAACUCCCUCCUCUGUUGCUUGCAGUUCCUCACCAGGUAUGGAAGAGAAAUCAUUUGGCAAAGCUGCAAAUGUUGAAAAUGAUGGUAAUAAUUUAUGUGGUUCUCCAAGUCUUGGGUCUCAAAAUCAUCUGGAAGGAUCCCCUUUUAAUUUAGAGAAAUUGGAUUCCAAUUCAAUUAUUAAUAUGGGCCCUUCACUUAUUGAUUUGCUUCAAUCUGAUGAUCCUAGUACAGUGGAUUCUAGUUUUGUUCGCUCUACUGCAAUAAAUAAGCUGCUACUAUUGAAAGGUGAUGUAUUGAAGGCAUUGGAGAUCAAUGAAUCUGAAAUUGAUUCACUUGAAAAUGAACUUAAGUCGUUGAAAGGUGACUCUGGAAGCAGAUGUCAAUGCCCAGCAACGUCCAGUUCUCUUCCUGUUGAGGAAAAUGGGAAAGCCUGUCAAGAACUGGAGGCUGUAUCCAAUAUGAUCCCCCGACCUGCUCCCUUGAAAAUUGAUCCUUGUGGUGAUGCUCUUGAGGAGAAGCUGCCCCUUUGUAAUGGUGUACUGGAAGAAAUUAAUGCUGAUAUAAAAGAUGGGGAUAUUGAUAGUCCUGGAACAGCUACAUCUAAAUUUGUGGAACCAUCAUCUUUGGAGAAAGCAGUUUCUCCAUCUGAUAUUGUGAAGUUUCAUGAAUGUUCUGGUAAUUUGGGUACCAUUCAAUUGACAGCAAUGGAGGAGGUGAUUUUAGCUACUGGUUCACGCAAUGAAGGGACUGUUGCACCCAUUUCUGGGGAAGUCAGUGUGCUUAAAAAGAUUGAUAAUGAUGAUGCACAUGUUCCAGAAUCUUCAAAUUCAUAUGCUGAUGGAGAAAAUAUAAUAUACGAUGAAAUAUUGACCAUUAAUAAGGAAUUGGCAAAUGGAGCUUCUAAAGUAUUUAAUAACCUAUUGCCAGAAUAUCAGUAUAGUGUUGAGAUUUCUGAAAAUGCCAAUGCGGCAUACUGGCAGACUGAUGCUUCAAUCAGGGAAAAAAUUGCAAUGCGGAAGCGGUACUUAAGAUUUAAGGAGAGAGUUUUGACCCUUAAGUUUAAAGCAUUUCAGCAUGCAUGGAAGGAAGAUAUGCGUUCCCUGUCCAUGAGAAAAUACCGUGCAAAGUCUCAGAAGAAGUAUGAAUUUAGUUUUCGUUCAACUCAUGGUGGUUACCAAAAGCAUCGGUCCUCCUUUCGUUCUCGAGUCACUUCUCCUGCAAGAAGUCUAAUCCUGGAACCUAAUGCAGAGAUGAUUAAUUUUGCAAGCAAACUGUUUCUAGAUUCCAAUGUCAGGCUUUACAGGAAUGCUUUGAAGAUGCCGGCAUUAUUUUUGGAUGAGAAAGAGAAGCAGAUUUCAAGGUUUAUCUCUAGUAAUGGAUUGGUUGAAGAUCCGUGUGCUGUUGAGAAGGAAAGAGUUUUGAUAAAUCCUUGGACAUCAGAAGAGAAGGAAAUUUUUAUGGAUAAGUUGGCUGCCUUUGGGAAGGACUUCAGAAAAAUUGCUUCCUUUCUUGAUCACAAGACAACUGCAGACUGUGUUGAGUUCUAUUACAAAAACCACAAGUCUGAAUGUUUUGAGAAAACAAAGAAGAAGCUUGAUACGAGUAAACAAGGUAAGUCCUCUGUGAAUACCUACUUGUUGACGUCAGGGAAAAAGUGGAGCCGCGAACUGAAUGCUGCAUCCCUUGAUGUUCUGGGUGCAGCUUCAGUCAUAGCAGCUCAUGCAGAAAGUGGCAUGCAAAAUCGGCAGACAUCUUCUGGUAGGAUCUUUUUGGGAGGGCGUUUUGAUUCUAAAGCAUCUCGAGCUGAUGUUAGCAUUGCUGAAAGGUCAGGCUGUUUUGAUAUUAUUGGGAAUGAUCAAGAAACUGUAGCCGCUGAUGUUUUAGCAGGUAUAUGUGGUUCGUUGUCUUCUGAGGCAAUGAGUUCUUGUAUCACUAGUUCUGCUGACCCUGGGUGGAAGUGUCAUAAAGUUGAUUCUAUGGUUAAAAGGCCUUCAACAUCUGUCACUCAGAAUGUUGAUGAUGAUACUUGUUCAGAUGAGAGUUGUGGGGAAAUGGAUCCUGCUGAUUGGACAGAUGAGGAAAAAUCAGUCUUUAUACAGGCUGUCUCAUCUUAUGGUAAGGAUUUUGGAAUGAUCUCACGAUGUGUUGGAACAAGAUCCAGGGAUCAAUGCAAGGUUUUCUUUAGCAAGGCUCGCAAAUGCCUUGGACUGGACUUGAUACGUCCAAGAACCAGAAACAUGGGAACAGCCGUGAAUGAUGAUGCCAAUGGUGGUGGAAGUGAUAUGGAAGAUGCUUUUGUCCUGGAGAGCUCUGUUGUUUGUAGUGAUAAGUUGGGGUCUAAAGCAGAGGACUUGCCUUCCACUAUUGUGAGCAUGAACGUAGAUGAAUAUGAUCAAACUGGGGAAGUGAGUUUGCAAUCUGACCUGAACUUAUCAGAGGAAAACAAUGGGAGGCUUGUAGAUUAUAGAGAUUCUGAGACAGUUGAAGCUAGGGCUUUUUAUGUGGGCCAAACUGAGCUAAUUUCUGAAGGUGUUGGUGAUGAUAUGGUUGUUGAUAGUAACAAGGCUGAGUCAGUGCAUGUUAAAAAAAGUGUUUCUUUGGCCAAUCUAAAUGCUUUAAGAAAUCACGUUGCUGAACAGGGUGUUUCUGUUGCAGUAUCCGCAUCUCUUGGUGAGGCAGUUGAUCCUUGCCUUCCUAGAUUAGAUGCUGUGGUUGAGCCCAAACCUGAUGCUGGUUGUCCUACUGAGGGGUUUGGAAAUGAUUUGGAGGCGCAGGAAACAUCAUUGUCCAAACAUGGUCUGGACGAACGCAAUACAAACUGCAUUGCGGAGACUAGCAGUCGAAGUAUCUGCGGGGUAGAUUCAAAUAAAACCAGUGAUGAGUUCAUUGAUAAAAAUUCUAGUUCAGGUUUUAGCUUUAACACUAAAGACCCGCAUCAAGCUUCUCUUGACUUGGAUUCUGCUGAAAAGCCUUCUGUCAUAAUAUUGCCAAAGGAAAACUCUUUUACUAAAAAUUCUCCAUUGCAUGAUUCUGAUGCCUUUCAAUGCAAGAAAAUAUGCAACCAAGAUAGGUUGUCAUCAACACUUGAUUACAAUGAGAAUGAAGACAAACAGGCUCACAAGUCUGUUAGCAGAGAUGAGUCUGACCAUUUAUCUGGAAAGCCAUUAGUGGAUCUUGCUGAAUCCUACCAGAUUAUAAGGGGUAAUCCCUUGCAAAUUUCAACUUUGAAAGAAAUGAAUGGUGAUGUCAAUAGUCAGCUUCCUCUACUUAAAAGCCUUUCAACAUCAGAAAGGGGUUUUACUGGCCCAUAUUUGGCUCAAGAUUGUUAUCUUCAGAAGUGCAAUGGUUCAAGAUCAGCUGCUGAUCUUCCACUUCCAGUGGAAAACUUAGAACAAGUGAAUGGUCGUCCAAAAUCCCAUUCUCGGAGUCUGUCAGACACAGAAAAACCUUGCAGGAAUGGUAAUUUCAAGCUGUUUGGUCAGAUACUCAACUCUGGUUCCCAAGAUGAUGAAAAGGUAUCUCAUUUUCCAAAACAAAGCACAAAAUCGUUGAAUUUGAAAUUCACAGGUCACAAUAAUGUUGGUGGAAAUACAUCUUGCUCAAAGUAUGACCGCAAUAAUUGUCAUCGGUCGGAAAUUGUUCCCAAGAGGAGUUACGGUUUCUGGGACGGGAACAGGAUACAAACUGGGUUGUCAUCUUUGCCUGACUCUUCUAUUUUAAUGGCAAAGUAUCCUGCUGCAUUUGUUAAUUAUCCCGUAUCAGCAUCUCAAAUGAAUCAGCAGGCAUUGCAGACUGUUGUCCGGACUACCGACCGAAACUUGAAUGGUGAUGUUUCAGUUUUUCCACCUAGGGAAACAAGCAGCAACAACGGCGUGGUGGACUAUCAAAUGUACAGGGGCCGUGAUCGUACCAGGGUGGCACCAUUUACCAUGGACAUGAAGCAGCCACCGGAAAUGUUCUCUGAGAUGCAAAGACGGAACGGGUUUGAUGCCACACCGAAUUUACAGCCGCAGGGAAGGGGGGGAAUGGUUGGAAUGAAUGUUGUGGGGAGGGGAGGAGUUCUUGUAGGGGGGUCCUGCCCUACUCUCUCAGAUCCUGUAGCAGUACUUCGAAUGCAGUAUGCAAAAACCACAGAGCAGUAUGGUGGGCAGAGUGGGAGCAUCAACAGGGAAGAAGAGUCAUGGAGAGGUAAGGGGGACAUAGGCAGCAGCAGGUAGUAGAAAGCAAAUCCUCAGUGGCAAAUAUUUCUUUGCCGCGCACUGUAUGAUAGAUUUUGUAUUUGUUUUUUUAUUAAUGAAAAUGAUGAUAGGUGCAUUCCAGUCU